GUCUGGUUACUUUGCAGGCAUUUUGUUUUCAUCUUGAGCUUAUCUGGUGCUUCUCUGUGGUGCUCCCAGUGCCUGGUCUGAUGUCGGGCCACGCUGAGGCCCUCCGGAGCCGGGACCUUGAGCCAGGCUCCCCCAUUCGGGAAAUGGUGUAACCUGCGGCCGAAGGAUGCUGCCAAGAUGCCAGAGAGCGCCUGGAAGCUGCUCUUCUACACGCUGUCCUGGUCCUACGGCACCUACCUGCUCUUCUUUACCAACUACCCCUUCUUCUACGACCCACCCUCCGUCUUCUACGACUGGAAGAGUGGUAUGGACGUGCCCACAGACAUCGCCAUCGCCUACCUGCUGCAGGGCAGCUUCUACGGGCACUCCAUCUAUGCCACCAUCUACAUGGACGCCUGGCGCAAGGACUCGGUGGUCAUGCUCCUCCACCACGUGGUGACACUGACCCUUAUCACCUUCUCCUAUGCCUUCAGGUACCACAACGUGGGCAUCCUUGUCCUCUUCCUGCACGACAUCAACGAUGUGCAGCUGGAGUUCACCAAGCUCAACGUCUACUUCAAGCACCGGGGUGGGGUCUAUCACCGGCUCAACGACAUCAUCUCUGACAUUGGCUGCCUCACCUUCAGUGUCAGCUGGUUCUGGUUCCGCCUGUACUGGUUCCCCCUCAAAGUGCUGUAUGCCACCUGCCACUGCAGCCUCCAGUCCAUCCCCCACAUCCCCUUCUACUUCUUCUUCAACGCCCUGCUCUUCGCCCUCACCCUGAUGAACAUCUACUGGUUUCUGUACAUCGUCCUGUUCGUGGUCAGGGUGCUGACAGGGCAGAUGCGGGAGGUGAACGACAUGCGGGAGUACGACAUGGACGACGGCAGGAAGGCGCUGGCACCCCGGAAGAAAGAGGGCAACUUCCAGCUCCCCAGCGCCUUGAAAGAAGGGAUGCACCUGAAGAACGGACUGGUGAAGGACAAGCGGUUAUAAGGGAACUGCAGGCGCUGCAGCCUGGCUGGCUCUGGGACUGACCCGGGACCCUUCGCUAAGCCCAGCCAACCAGAGUCGCCCGGAGCACCUGCCCCAACC